AUGCACCCACCUCCGUCACUUCAAGUGACAGGCGACAUCCGGAGCACAAAAGGCAGCCACUCGGAGCUGCGGCGGCGGCGGUCGUGGUUGAGAUGUAUCACCGAAAAAAACGGAGAAGAAGAAGUCGCAACUCUGGCUGCGAAUAGCAGCAGCGACAGAACGAAAGAAGGAGAAGAAAAAAGCACCACUCCCGAACCUCAAGUCGUGGCUAGGUUAACUAACCCUUGCAUUCCUGCCGCUGGAGGCAGGGUUAACUCUGCUCCAUCUGAACAUUCCGACCUAGCAGCAGGCAUGAGUCUAUCAUCAGAUGGUCUGACAAAUCUAGAAAACGAGAUUGAAGGAGCUUUGUGCAAACGAAGUGGAAAAUUUUCAUGGAGGUCUUUGGUGAAAGAUGUUAAAAAGCUGAAGGAGUUUUGUGCAAACGAAAGGUCAUUGCUGUGGGCAUAUGGUGGUCAUUCGUAUUCACCUUCUUCUGUUGAGAUAUAUAGAAAGCAACAACAACUUGUCAAUCUUUGUCAUUCAAUUUGGAUAAAAAACAUCAACUUGCAGGAAUUAGCCUAUAAAGGUUAUAUUGAGGCUGCUGUUGCUACCAAUCCUGAACUACGCUUUCUUGCCAUGCAAGGUGUUUGCAUGUCUGCAUUUGUCAUGAGCAAAGUAGAUGAUGACGACAAUGAUAUUUUAAAUCAGUUGGAGGAGAUGUAUCAGGUGCUUUCGAGUAAGUUCCAUUACGAAAAGGAUAAGAUGGAAAGGAAUGUUGGGUCUAAUGACCAUGCUUCUCUUUUUGGUGCUCUAUCUAGUUGUUGCAUAAUGAACCCUAACAUGUUAUGCCUACUUUCUGGCUUCAAGUGUUGGCUUGAUACUCUGCCUUUAAAUGAUAACAAUAGUUUUGGUCUUGAUAUGAGGCUACUUCAAGAGCUUUCCAAUAUCAUCACUCUUGAUGGGAAGGAUCUGGAAUCUGGUUUGUCUCGUUUACGUUGGCUUCUAGAAUCUACCUUGAAGUUUUCACUAAACUCUUCGUCAAGGCCUCCAACCGAUUUCUCUCCUUAUCGUGAGAAGAAAAAUUCGAGCCAACAUGGGAAUGCAGAUCUGGUACCUGAUAUGCUUUUUCAGCCUGUGGCAACACAGGCUUUAGACAAGAUUCUGUAUCGUCCAAAUGCACCACUAGUACUGAAAGGUAUCAACUGCACAUUUGAAGAAGGAAGAAGAGUAGGCAUUGUUGGAAGGACAGGAAGUGGGAAGACAACACUGAUAACAACCUUAUUCCGUUUGGUUGAAGCUGAUAGUGGUCGGAUCCUUAUUGAUGGGCUUGACAUUUCCUCAAUUGGCCUUAAAGAUCUCAGGAUAAAACUCAGUGUCAUCCCCCAAGAAACAACCCUUUUUAAGGGCAGCAUCCGAACAAACCUGGACCCUCUAGGACUUCACUCUGAUGGUGACAUAUGGAAGAAAAUCAUAAGGGAUGAAUUCUUGACUUGCACUGUCAUAACUGUCGCUCACAGAGUUCCAACAGUCAUAGACAGUGACAAGGUCAUGGUCCUCUCAUUCGGGAAAAUGGUGGAGUAUGAUGAGCCUUUGAAGCUAAUGGAGACUACCGAUUCUUUCUUCUCCAAGCUUGUAGCUGAAUACUGGUCCAGUUGCACAGCAAGGAACUCUGCUUAA